AUGUCCACCGAUGUUAGAAGAUGUCGUCGUUGUAAGCGUAAGAGACUCGAUGACGAGCCUAUGGAAGUCAGGCAAUACAGAACAUGUGCCAAGUGUCGUAUUAUUGAAAGAAAUAAGAAAAAGCUGAGAAAACCAUUAGCUGAAGAAACAAUGCUUUAUGGAUUAAAACAAUUUCGUGAACAAAGUUUAAGUGAUAAUUUCAUGGAAGAGGAAGGAUUACUAGAUGAUGAAUAUUUUCGUCAAUUCCAUAAGAAGCCAUUUAAUUAUGAAGCUGAAAUCAAUCGUGUCUUAACUAAUCCUAAUUAUGUACCGCCUAUAAUUGAUGAAGCUCGAUUAUUGCAGAAGGAUACAUCUGGUUCACAUGAAAUCUCCUCUAAAAUUCAAAUAAAACCAGUUAAACCACAGCAACAGAAUAUUUCAAUCCCGGAAAUUACUGUACGUCAACAUAAACCAAAGAAGCAUGAAAUUGUCCAUCCUCAAGAAGUAGUUAAGGACGAUGAUAUUUUUGAAGAAUUGGCUGAAUUAGGUAAUGAAGAAGAAUUGACGUCUGAUAUUACUGCUUCACAAGCUAUUGUUGAUCCUUACUUGUAUGGAAAUGUGUAUGAUAACUUCCAGCAAUACUUGUUAACCGUAUUUGAAAAACGACAAAAUAAAGAGGAUAUCAAUAAUUUAGUAUUCUUGAAGGAAUUCAAUGAGGACUUUACACUGAAUAUGGCAAAAUUCGAUGCACAUUCGAGAGAUCGUCUGCCAGUAAUGUUGAAUGCUAAGCUUAAUGAAAGACAAGUAAGACUUCAUUUGUUGAGUAAUUUGAAGGCAUUAUAUAUUGAUCCAAUAAUUGCAGUUAUGAAUAUCAGGUAUCAUCAAGAAUCUUCGAAUAUUAAUGACUUCAAAUCCACUAAUUUUAUAAAGAGUUGUCAUAGGUUUAUUUCUCAUGAGAAGUUCAAUUCUGCAUCGGAAGCAAGAAAGAUCAAAAGUUCUACUAUCUAUUUAACUUUCAAUAAGAAGUAUAAUCUAUUGGUGGUAAAGCUUAGUCACUUAAUCUAUAGACCAAGUGGCAUUAAAUACACAGGUGAGUUUAAGCUGAAAAUUCAAGAUAUUUUUAAGAAGUUGCAAUUUGAAAAGGAAAUGUAUAAUUCAAAAUUAAAGGAUACUAAACUUGAUUACAAUGAAACUACAGCAAAUCUAAUAUAUGAUAAGCUUUUCUCAUUGCUUGAUUUAUGUUCUGAUGAAUUACAAGAGUUUAUAAAGAAAUUGGACAAGGAUGAUUUCAUUCGUGAUUUCAUUAACUUUGAAGAUGUCUUCAAAUCUGGUACUGAGUCCGAUGAAGAAGGUGAAGCUGAGAAUGAUGAGGCUGCGGAUGAGCCAAUGCCAGACGCUGAUGAAGGAGUCCAGAGUGAGGAUGAAAACAUGGAUGCGGUGAAUGAUACUUCAUUCACAGAAAACACAUAUUCUGAGAUUAAAAAAGAGUCAACUGCUGAGGUAUUAGAUCCAGUAUUGAAGCCUGAGUAG